CACUCUUCUUCAAUUCUGUUUACUGGAAACCUCCCAAUUGAGCUGUAUUCAAAUACCUCAUUGCACCAUAAUGGCCAAGUACGAGUGUAACCAUCACAUGGAAUCCUUCUUGAAAGAAUUACCAAAGUGUGAACAUCAUUUACAUUUAGAAGGAACUUUAGAACCAAAUCUUUUAUUCCCAUUAGCUGAAAGAAAUGGAAUUCAAUUACCUUCAAAUUUCCCAUCAAAUGUUGAAGAAUUAAACAAACGUUAUACACAAUUUAAAGAUUUACAAGAUUUUUUGGAUUAUUAUUACAUUGGGUGUAAUGUCUUGAUUAAAGAGGAAGAUUUCUUUGAUCUAGCGUGGGCAUAUUUCCAAAAAGCUCAUAAAGAUGGUACUUGGCAUAGUGAAGUGUUCUUUGAUCCUCAAUCCCAUACUGAACGUGAUAUUCCAAUUGAAGUUGUUGUUAAAGGUUUCCAAAAAGCAUGUGAUAAAGCUGAACGUGAAUUGGGGUUAACUAGUAGAUUAAUCAUGUGUUUAUUGAGACAUUUACCAUCUGAAAAUGGUUUAGAAACUAUUGAAAGUGCUAAAACUUUCAUUAAAGAUGGUACUAUCACUGCCUUGGGUUUAGAUAGUGCAGAAAAACCUUUCCCACCACAAUUAUUUGAAGAUUGUUAUUCAAAAGUUAAACAAAUCAAUUCAAAUAUCCAACUCACUGCACAUGCUGGUGAAGAAGGUGGUGCUGAUUAUGUUGUCACUUCAUUAGACCUUUUGAAAGUCACACGUAUUGAUCAUGGUGUUAAUUCAAUUCAAGAUGCUGCCUUGAUGGAAAGAUUGGCUAAAGAUCAAACAAUGUUGACCGUUUGUCCUUUAUCUAAUGUUAAAUUACAAGUUGUCAAAGAUGUUUCAGAAUUACCAUUAAAUAAAUUCCUUGAUGCCAAUGUCCCAUUCAGUUUAAAUUCAGAUGAUCCAGCUUAUUUCGGUGGGUAUAUCUUGGAUAAUUAUAUCACUGUUCAUACUAGAUUUGGUUGGAGUUUAGAAACUUGGUGCAGAGUUGCUAGAAAUGGUGUUAAUGGUUCAUGGAUUAGUCAAGAACGUAAAGAUGAGAUCAAUCAAGCUAUUGAAAAAGUUCAUGAUAAGCAUAAAUCUUUAUUGAACUAAGGACUACAUAUGUGAUAUAUUUUUGUACACUAGAACUAGAAGCAUUUUGAUAGAGUUUUAAAUAAUAAUUAAUUGCAUAGAAUAUCUUUUUUAUAGAUGAUUUAUUAUCAUUUCAAAUGAUCGUAUUUACCAGCAUCUAAAUCUUCAAAGAAUUGCUCAAUUGAGAUUGAUAAUCUUUUAGCAGCUUCCACAAUUUCAUCAUUAUCAUGAACAGCAGCAAUUGUUAACCUCAAGAAAUGAGAUUUUGGUGUAGUGAAUUUAAAAUUCAAAUCAGUUGUCAUUCUAUUACCGAAAACAACAUCAAUACCAUUUGUAACUGUUUUAUAACGUAAUUGAUCCAAUACUUUUUCCCAUGUCUCUGGAUCUGGGAAUUUUUCCUCGAUAUUGACAUAAAGGAUAAUAAACAUACCAGCAUCAGGUUCCACGACUUCAAAUUGGUUUUUAGAAUACGAUUUUGAAUCAUAUAAAGUCUUGAGGAAAUAAU